AUGGCUUCCGCCUCUGCGACCGCCGAUGGUAUUCGGGAAAGGGCCCCAUGGAUGCGAUUGAACAUCCUAACCCCCCCGCUUGUUCGACCCGCUUUUAUGAGGUAUUCCUCUGCUGUAAGAGGUGCCCGAGCCCAGUCCUGUCGCUCGCGUAGCGGGGGACGAAGCGAGCUCGAAAGGCUUGACCGAUGGUGGGUGUUUCUGCUCGGCUCUAAUGCUGUGGGAUGCGAAAAAGUCUCCUCUGGGGUCUCAACUUGCAAGGAAAAGAGAAUCUCUUUCGGUCGAGACUCGGCUGCUCGUCCGUUGCUCGCUCCGCGAGAUCAGGAGCCGAAUCCGGUUCAGAUUAUCUCCAAGAAGGCGACUGGGAAUUCGUCCUCGAUCCCUUCGGGUAGUAAACCCCAAACCCAAGUUCGCUCCUGGGCGGCUGUAACCCGAUCUGCAACCAAAGGUUAUGGUUUAUCUUUCGUUCCUCCGGCUACCAUUGAGAAUUCAAAAAUUCUGCAGAUGCCAGAUGAAUUGUUAGAGGCGUCUCACCCUAAAUGGAAGGAGUGUCUUGUUGGCUACUAUAUUGGUAAACGACUACCCUUCCAGCUCACGGAGGACACCCUCAAACAUGCUUGGGGCCACCAUCUGAUCGAGGUAAUUGCUGCAGACCUUGGCUUCUAUUUUUUUCACAUUCCAGAUGGUGAAUUCAGAAAAAGAGUUUUGGAUGGAGGCCCGAUUACAGUAGCCAAAAUCCCCUUGAUCCUACAGCAAUGGCACCCCAUGUUGGAGCUCAAGAAAAUAGCUCAUAACACUGUUCCUAUCUGGAUCCGUCUUAGGAAUGUGCCUGUGGCAUUAUGGUCAGCUGUCGGGAUUAGUUUUCUAGCGAGUGGUAUUGGUAAACCGCUUUUUGUUGAUAACCGAACGGAGCAAAUGGCAAUGGUGGCCUUUGCUCGCAUCUGUGUGGAGAUUGAUGCUUCUAACUCCCUUCCUGAAGUGGUGGAAUUCAUGAUGAAAGGGGAACUUAGAACGAUUCUGAUUCAAUAUGAAUGGAUUCCGGCCCUUUGCCCAUCCUGCUCUACUUUUGGCCAUAAAUGUCAUGUGCCUACUGAAGCUGGCCUCUCCAAAGUUGGUCCUGCUCUCCCAAGGUCUCAUGGCCCUCCACAAAAUGAAUGGCGUGAAGGCUCUCAUGCUUCUAACAAAUCGGGCUCAACGGAUGAAGAAGAAUAUGAAGACAUCUGCUCUGGUGAAUCUGAAUCUGUAUCACCAUGUAAGGUGCCGUCAUCCACUCCUGAGGAACGUGAUAAUGCUCCUUCUCAGAAGCUGACCCAGGAUCCCCAUACCCAUAAAAAAGGAAUUCUCCGCUCGGAAUCUGCAGAGCCGACUUUUCCUCCUGGCCCGAAGCCUAUUCCUCCCUCGGCGAGGAAACGGGGGGGCAAGAAAAGGGGCCUUGGAGGUGCCCUCAAGCAAGCUGAGAUUAGGAAUUUUGUUAGAACAAAUCGGCUGAGUUGCAUUGGGAUCCUGGAGACUAAAAUCUCCCCUGCUGCUCACUCCCCUGUUUCUGCUUCUCUUAUAUCUGGUUGGUGUUGGUCUAUGAACUACUCUAACUCGAUCAGGGGCCGUAUUUGGAUAGGAUGGAAUCCUUUGGCUGUGUCUUUUUGCACCUCUGCUUGCACUGCUCAGGCCAUUCAUGGCCGUUUGGAGUGUCUUAUUUCGGGUAUUUCCUUUAAUUUAUCUGUUGUCUAUGCGGAGCACUCCUUCGUCUUGAGGAGACCUCUCUUGGAUGAUUUGAUUUCAACUAGUGCUCUGUGUCUGGAUAUCCCUUGGAUUGUUGCUGGUGAUUUCAAUGCCAUCCGUUAUGCAUCGGAUAGAGCUGAUAGGUCCAACUAUUGGAUUCCAGCGUUUGAGGAUUUUGGUGAGUGCCUUAUCCAAGCGAGGCUGGAUGACCUCCGUUUUGUGGGAAAUAGGUUUACUUGGUCAGUCUCUUCUGGUCCUAUGCGAAGACAGAGAAAGAUAGAUAGAGUGCUUACCAAUGCAACCAGGAACUCUACGUUCUCCUACUCUGAAGCAAAUUUUUUGGCCCUUGGAGUGUCUGAUCACUCUCCUAUGAUUGUCAGGAUCAUCCCGGUUCCAAAUUCCCGUAGGCCCUUUAAAUUCUUCAAUUUUUGGAUGACGAACCCAUCUUUCUUUGAGCUGGUUCAGCAGCUUCGGGCCCUUAAGCGAAGACUUAAGCUUUUAAACAAGGAAUCUUACUCUGAUAUCUCAGUUAGGACUGCUGAUGCUAGGCGAUUACUUCUGGAAGCCCAGGACGCCAUUCAGCUUGAUCCUCAUAACCAAGCCUUGGCUGAUAAUGAAAAGGAACGCCUCUACACCUUCUCUGAUCUCCGCCUUAAAGAGGAAUCUUUCUUUAGGCAAAAAUCUCGGAUGAGAUGGCUCCGUGAAGGCGACUUGAAUACAAAGUUCUUUCAUCACUCGGUGAAUCGCAGCCAGCUUCGGAAUAGAAUCGUCUCCAUUUCUGAAGAUCUUCGCCAUUUCACACCCUUCACCGAUGAUGAAAUCCGAGCUACCUUAUUCUCUUUGGCUAGUGGAAAGGCGCCGGGACCGGAUGGCUUUAAUGUUGAUUUUUUCAAGCGGUCUUGGGACAUUGUUGGCCCAUCGGUGUUGCUAGUAGUUCGAGACUUCUUCUCCUCGGGACAGCUCCUUCGUGAGAUCAACUCAACAAUCCUCACUUUAAUCCCCAAGAUCCCGAAUGCAUCGUCAGUUAAUGAUUUCCGCCCUAUAGCUUGCUGCAACACUUUGUCUACAAAUGCAUCACGAAGCUAUUGGCCAACAAAGUUAGCUCUUGUCCUCCCUUCCAUUAUAAGCCCAACGCAAAAUGCCUUUGUGAAAGGGAGAAGGAUAAGUGACAACAUCAUGCUUGCCCAAGAGCUGUUUUCGGACUUCCACCAUAGUCCCUAUCUCCCUAAGAAUAUUAUCAAGGUGGAUUUCUCUAAAGCUUAUGACUCGGUAGAUUGGAAGUUUAUUGAAAAGACUCUCCAUGCAUUUCGAUUUCCAUCCAUAUUUAUUGACCGUAUUAUGACGUGCAUCCGAACUCCUAGGUUUUCUAUAUCUCUAAAUGGUGAAUUGCAUGGUUACUUUGAUAGCGGGAGGGGUAUCCGUCAAGGAGACCCUAUAUCCCCACAUUUUCACGCUUGUAAUGGAAGUUUUUACUUGGUAUCAUCAAUGGGUGCACUGCAAGCCCGAUUUCAACUUCUUCCGCGUUGUAAAUCUUCUAAACUAUCCCACCUUUUCUUCGCGGAUGAUGUCUUGCUAUUCUCCGAAGCUAACAUGGCAUCUCUUAGGCUCUUGCUGGAUGGAGUAAACUCUUUUGCAUCAUGGUCUGGGCUCGUUCCCAAUCUAAAUAAGAGUGAAAUUUACAUCUCUGGUGGAUCUGAUUCUCUCAAGAACUUGCUCACCAAUGCAUCAGGCUUUCGUCUUGGAUCUCUUCCUUUUCGAUAUCUUGGUGUCCCUAUAAUUUCAUCAAGACUAGGCAAGGAAGACUGUGUAUAUUGGUCCUCCGUCUUCAUUCUCCCUUCCUCGGUUAUUAAUCGGAUUGAGCAGAUAUUUCGGCAAUUCCUUUGGUGUGGUCCUAGCCUUGGAUCUGGUGGGGCUAAAGUAUCUUGGGAAGAAGUCUGCCUUCCCAAAGCUGAAGGGGGAUUGGGUAUCCGCUCGGUUCGCAAACGUCAUGGCAUGAGUGACUUGGUUCAACACCACUUUAAUUGGAACAUUGGUAAUGGCCUAACGGCUUCUUUCUGGUUUGAUCCAUGGCAUCCUCGUGGUCCACUAAAUAAGCUUUUCUCGGAUCGUGAUAUAUAUCGUUCUCGUAUCCCGCGGAAUGCUUCAGUGGCUACUGGUAUUGCGGCUCUAUAUACCCCCUCAGCGGUUUCAAUGGUUAUUGAGAACUGGAAUGAUCCGAUUCCCUGCCUCAACAACCACAAUGAUCGUUUGGUGUGGCUUGGCCACUCCAUUGGCCAAUUCUCUACUGCGUCUGCAUGGACUAUGCUUCGUCCAAGAGGCUCACUCGUCACUGGUCUCGAUUUAUCCGGGAGCCCCUCAUGCCCCCGCGCUACCAAACGCACCUAUGGCUGA